AUGCAUUCAACUACCAAAUUUGUCAAGAUUAUAUCAACUGAUUGCAUUCCUAAUUAUCCAGAUUGUAAUAUUCCCACUGUGUUGGUGUACAAUAAUGGUGCAGUGAACGCAAAUUAUGUUGGUUUGCAUACUUUUGGUAGCAGGUGCACUCCAGAAGGUGUUGCUAUGAUUUUAUGCCAAUCAGAUCCUGUUCUUAAUGAUGGACUCAAUGGUGAAGCUUCUAGAGAAGCUGUUCUUGAAGGAGUGAGGAAAAGGUUUAUAGAGAUGCACUCCAGAAGGUGUUGUUUUCUUAAUGUUUUAUGUUAA